GUUUCCUCGCAUGUUGUCAUCAUGUAUGUAAAGUAUCCUGACUGAGAUUUAUACAACACAUUUGAUCCGUUUUAGGGUAGAAGUUUGUUAUUGUGUCUGUAUUUGGUGAAUAUUCUUUGAUGCAUGAGAAUCAAGACCUUUAAAAACAAACCUUAUAAUGGAAUCAGUUGAAGUCCAACAUUUCAGAAAACCUCCUGCUGUGUCUCAGAAAGUAUGCAGUAUGAUUGAGCAGAAUGAAACUUGUACAGAUUCAAGUGAAGGGACAUCAGGCUCUGCAGGACACAUCGUCCCUGGACACCACCUGAAACAUGUAAAGAAUGAACCAGUGGAUGAAGACUAUGUCGGUGAUGAAACGUUAUGUGAUGCAAUGACGAACUCUGUGGAACACAUCACACCUGUGGAUGAACAGAAAUGUAUAAAAAAGGAAGAAGAUGAAGAUUAUCUCAGUGUAGAUGCAUCAGGAUUUGUGGAAAAUCUAGGCGUACAAGGUGGAUUUCAGAGCAAGCAUGUUAAAGAGGAAGAGACUACAGAAAUAGAUGAUGCCCAAUUGGAAAUCUUCCCCUGCUUCAUGUGUUCACUUUCAUAUUCAUCUCAAAUGUUGCUCCAUGAACACAUCACAAGAUGCCACCCUGAUCAACAUGAGACACCGAUCAAAUCAGGAGACACGUGUCAGAAUCUUAAGCCAGAAAGAAGCUCCAGUAUUCAUCAAACAAUCUCUGGGCCUCUGCAGUUGCAGAAAGGGGUCCAUCAGUGCUUGCAGUGUGGGAAGAGUUUCACUGACCAGAAAAAACUGAGAAGACACCAGUAUAUUCACACAGGUGAGAAACUACAUCACUGCUCACAAUGUGGGAAGAAUUUUAUUCGAAAGAGUCAUCUCGAACUACACCAGCGCACUCACACCAGAGAAAAGCCGUAUCGCUGUUCAGAGUGUGGGAAGAGUUUUAUGCAGCAGAGUGAUCUCCAAACACACCAGCGCUCUCAUACAGGAGAGAGGCCGUAUCACUGCUCGGAGUGUGGGAAGAGUUUUAUUCAUCAAAGGGAUCUCCAAACACACCAGUUUGUUCACACAGGAGAAAAGCCACAUCGCUGCUCACAUUGUGGAAUGAGUUUUGCUUAUCAGAGUAAUCUAAAGCGACACCAACACAUUCACACAAGGGAGAAGCCAUACAACUGUUCAGAGUGUGGGAAGGGUUUUAUUCAACGACGUGAGCUCCAGACCCACCGGGUCAUUCACACAGCAGAGAGGCCGUAUCACUGCUCACAGUGUGGGAAGAGUUUUGUUCAACGGAGUCAUUUCCAACAACACCAGCGCACUCACACCGGAGAGAAGCCACAUUGCUGUAAGGAGUGUGGGAAGAGUUUUGCCCAACAGAGCAAUCUCCUAAGACAUCAGCGCAUUCACAACGGAGAAAAGCCGUAUCGCUGCUCGGAGUGUGGGAAGAGUUUUACGCAGAAGAGUGAUCUCCAAACACACCAGCGCUCUCAUACAGGAGAGAGGCCGUAUCACUGCUCGGAGUGUGGGAAGAGUUUUAUUCAUCAAAGGGAUCUCCAAACACACCAGUUUGUUCACACAGGAGAAAAGCCACAUCGCUGCUCACAUUGUGGAAUGAGUUUUGCUUAUCAGAGUAAUCUAAAGCGACACCAACACAUUCACACAAGAGAGAAGCCAUACAACUGUUCAGAGUGUGGGAAGGGUUUUAUUCAACGAAGUGAGCUCCAGACCCACCGGGUCAUUCACACAGCAGAGAGGCCGUAUCACUGCUCACAGUGUGGAAAGAGUUUUGUUCAACGGAGUCAUUUCCAACAACACCAGCGCACUCACACCGGAGAGAAGCCACAUUGCUGUAAGGAGUGUGGGAAGAGUUUCGCCCAACAGAGCAGUCUCCAAAGACAUCAGCGCAUUCACAGCGGAGAAAAGCCAUUUUGCUGCUCAGUGUGUAAGAAGCGUUUUAAGCAGCUGUGUGAUCUCCAAAUACACCAACGUGUUCACACAGGAGAGAAGCCGUAUCGCUGCUUGGAGUGUGGGAAGAGUUUUACGCAGCAGAGUAGUUUCCAAACACACCAGCGCAUUCAUACAGUAGAGAGGCCGUAUCACUGCGCACAGUGUGGGAAGAAUUUUGUUCGACAGAGUGAUCUCCAACUACACCAGCGUGUUCACACCGGAGAGAAGCCACAUUGCUGUAAGGAGUGUGGGAAGAGUUUUGCCCUACAGAGAAGUCUCCAAAGACAUCAGCGCAUUCACAACGGAAAGAAGCCGUAUCGCUGCUCAGAGUGUGGGAAGCGUUUUAUGCAGCAGUGUAAUCUCCAAACACACCGGCGUGUUCACACUGGAGAGAAGCCAUAUCACUGCUCGGCAUGUGGGAGGAGUUUUGGCCAACACAUUAGUCUACAACGACACCUACGCACUCAUACAGGAUAGAAGCUGUAUCACUGAGCACAGUGUGGGACGAGGUUUACUUGAUUGAGAGCACACAAGGUCACUCACACAGGACAGCCAUAUGACGUUAGGGCCAUGAAAUUUGAAAUUAAAAACUAAACUGAUAUUGAAUUUUGUGGUUUUGUAAAGAGCAUCCUAAACUGCAAUUUCCUAUUUUACUAAACUGAAGAGUUAGUUGUUCUUAACCUAGUGAAGAACUAUGAGAAUGUAUCUGCAGAGCACACAGGUGAAUAUAAAUAUGGGAAAUGGAAAGUAAAGGAGGAAAGGAGCUUAAACUGCAUAGCAGUAUGUUUCAUGUCUACUUAGUUACACCACUUCAGCUUCUACUGAAUUAUUGGUGAUGAUGAGCAGAGAUUUUUUAUUUUGUUCAGCUUCAAUAAAGGGAUAAAAUUUCAGUUGUCAGUUGUCAAUGUCAGUUUCAGGGAAAUAACUUCUGUGGUGUUUCCACAAUACUCAGUUCUGAGAUUAUUUAAUUUAAUGUUGUCAUUUUCAUGUAAGCAAAAUCCAUUUUCACUUGUUAAAGCUAACUGUAUGUUGGAAGAAAGACAUCUUUGGAGUAUAGUUCCUCAGGCUGAUCUUACUGAGAACAUAUGCCUUGGCAUUACAGAACAAACAUCCUUUCUAGCUUUCUAUAGUUCCUAUAGCUUUUUUUACCAGUUUACCUGGUUUUAAUUUUUGUAAAUGUCAGUUAACUGCAACCUAAUAGAUAAUAUGUGAGAAACGCGAACUGAGUGAGCCAAGCUGAAGCAGUGAGCCAUACAGUAUGUUGUAGUUAACAGCGUCAUGUAUAACACAAUUCUGCAGGCGACGCUGUGCACGUUAACAUUGCUGUAAACUCACAACACAAGCAUUUCUUCUUGUGAGUGAACAGAUGCUUUCUCACAGAAGUGAUCAAUUUUUACCUUAAAAUAGUUUUCAAUGUGUUUUAAAUUGACCAGUUGGAUGGAAAAAAGGUUGUUACUGUCUUUUCGUGUGAGGAUCUUUUAAUAUGUUCUACUAAAGCCUGAGGUCAAUUCAGAUAUAUUUAUAUAUCUGGGAUUUAUUUCUUUUUACUGAUACUUUUUACUGUAAAUGGUGAAUGAUGCACACUUUUUACGAAAAAGUACAAAAGGCUUUUCUGUUUAUUUAAACUUGUAGCAGAGUAAAUGUGUUUUGAUGCUGAAUGUUUUGG